AUUGACUCCAACCCACCCCUCACCAUCACCAUCGCCAUCCUCCAACUUGCCAACGUCUGUACGAACACUCGAGUACCCUUGAAUUCACCCCAUCGCCCUUGAAUCUUGGACCAACACCAACACCAACAGCACCAACCUCCAAAAACCAAUUCCUUUGUCGCUUUCCCUGUGCCUGUGCCGAUCUCAACCCCUCAACCGCCCAACGCUGUAGCCGCACAUCGCAUCGCAUCGCAUCACAUCGCAUCACAUCGCAUCACAUCGCACUUCAAAUACCCAACCCACACCCAGCCCAGGCAGCCUGCUGUCAGCUCCAGAUUGAUGGUGAGUCGGUGCUGUCCAUGGGAUGAAUUGCGCCUGCAAAAGCUGCUCAGAAGUCUGAAGGCGUGAGAGAAUUCACUGCACGGUAGAGGGCAAUCGGCGGUGGAACAAGGGUCGCAUCGUACAGUACUGAUGGUCGGCAGUCUAAUAAUCCCAACAACCUCCGAGCCUCAGCCAACGAGACCGCUGACCAGAUCAUUCGUGACAUCCUCGACGAUACUCGUUCCCCGGAUGAGAUCAGCCCCUCGGGCGAACUGUACAGAUUUGUAGAGAGAUUCCAUCGAACUCGUGGCAUCGAGAAUAGCCACCGCUCAGCUCAGCAGUUGCCCAGCUUGCGAGACAACUUACGAGCCAUUACUAUGUCCUCCGAUCCGGAUCCAGACAGAAGACGCAGACUGCAGAGGGAUGCACUCCAGUCGUCGCCCUUGUUUGCCCCUCCACCACAGCCGCAGGCCCUCGAGCCCACAUCGCGGGAUAGACUCAUAAAUUCGAGACUGUCUGCACUGGCACGUCGUACAGGCCGGCCCAGGAUGUUGCCAAGUGACCGAUACCAGGAGUCCCAGAGAGGUUGGAGAGAUAAUAACUCCACUUCUUCCGUAAGCAACUUCACUCUGGGCGAUAUAGGGGAGGCAAGGAUGCGACUGGAGGAUGCUAGCAAUAUGAUGGAGGACGCCAGCUCAAGCUUGAGAGCUCGUCUGGAGGACCCUCUUCCGAGUCUGCCCUCGUCUGGUACCGAGUAUCCUGACCCCGAAUCUCGACGAGUCAAGCGACGCAAGUUGAACACCGACAAAAAGGACGCUGGUUUUCAGGGUUUUAGUUAUGGGAGAUAUGGUCAGGUUGAACCAGGCAAAUUGAAGAUGGAAAUUGUCAGUUGUGAUGGUGGUAUCUUUGAGAUGCACCGUGGAGAACCUCGCGAGGAGUAUGAACCCGAGAAUGUCCUUCUGGACGAUACUUCGGUCUAUUGCACGAAGAGCAAUCGAUGCAAUCUGGUUCUUCGACACCAAGGAAACACCACUUUUUGCCUUACCGAGUUGAUCAUUAAAGCGCCACACAAAGACUAUACCGCACCGUAUGUAUACCUUGACCUGAUAUUCUAGAAAUGUAUUAAUAGCUCUUUAGUAUCCAAGAUGGCUUGGUUUUUGUAUCCAUGACUUCAGACGACCUACUUACGAGGACUGCAAAUUACCAGAUACAGUAUUCUCCACCUCGAAAUCGACGGUCAGCCUUGGAUAGAUCACAAGAUGAGCUCCCGCCCAUCAUAUCCAUCCGUCAUAAUGUUGGUGAUGGUACUAUGAGCACGGCUCAGGCUCGCGCCAGGCGUCUGUAUGAUAUUGGCUUACAAGAUGAAGACUGUGAUUCUCGCACCGCACAGAUACCAACCGACUUUACAAGUACAGCACCCGGCUUUUCAAAUACCACCGAGUGCAGUGAUUCUGAAGACGACAGCAACAAUAUAGGACUCCGACCACGACAUCGCCGCCCUGCACAAUAUACCCCGUUUGACGAUGGUGAUUCCGAUUGGGGUGAGGACCUCCCACGGCCACCCGAGACCCCGUGGCACGAAUACUAUCUGGGCGCCAGUACCAUGGCUCGGAGUCUCCGUCGACGAGAAACAGCCAGCAACAUCACAUUAGAUGGCAAUUCCGAAGCGAGUCAAGCAACGCAGGAAUCUGUCGAAGCUGAAGGUGGAGAGCUCAUGAUUCCUCAUGCCAACUUCUUCAUCGAAAGUAAUAAGAGCAAAUGCACGGUGAAGUUCGACCCACCUGUCAGCGGCCGUUUUAUCUUAUUGAAAAUGUGGAGCCCUCAUCCAAGUCCCUCGGAGAAUAUUGACAUUCAAAGCAUUGUUUGUAAAGGAUUUGCUGGGCCAAGAUACUUUCCUGCUCUUGGUCUAAGAUAAUUAUUGUCAUUGCCUCGAUAUCGGGAGACGUUGUAACAAAAAUGAACGUCUCUUUUUGAGACCUUUCAGUUGUUUAUACGGUCAUGGGAAUACCCUGGCAGCGUGAAAUGAAUGCGGUGUGGCAUUUACACGUCAAGUAAAAUGAGUUAUUCGUCGCAUCGGCUGGCUAGGGUACAUAUUAGACUAGCAAAGUAGCUAGGGAAAGAUGAUUUCAUGGCAUUUUUCAUGGGUACGAAUAAUGAGAUUUUUUUUCUCUCCAUGGUUUCCCUAUUUCAAAGCUGAAAUCCUACCUUAAAGGAGGACUUGGGUUUUUACCUUAAAGGAGAUCUCUCUAAUAAU